AUGUCGAAAGAUAUUGCUUCCAUGAGAGAAAUACAACACAACCGACAACUCAUUAUGCAAGCUCUAAAUAAGAACACAACAAACUUUUCAAACUAUUCUAAGAUAUCUGAGUCAUUGAAAGAAGGAAACUUAAAACUGACGAUAAACCCAAUGACAGACGAGUUUCUGUUUCAAGACAACAAGAACCAUACUGUUUGUAUAAAUCCAACAAAAGGAACUUUAAACGAGAAACCUAUAGAUGAACUUCUUUUGAAAGCAGAUAUUGACAACAAAGCUGACAAAGAGUAUGUAGACGAUGCAAUAGCAAAAGAAGAAGAAAGAGCUAACAAUGCUUAUGCAACAAAAGAACAUACUCAUCCUGAACUAGCAGACAAAACAUAUGUUGACAAUAAAAUGUCAAGUGAAGUGACAAGAGCUGAAAACGAAUAUUCUAAAAAGACUCAUACACAUUCUAUAUCUGAAAUAACAGACUUAAACGUUAGCCUUGAAAAGAAAGCGGAUAAGGAAUAUGUGGCUAGUAAGUUAGAGAAGAAAGCAGAUAAGGAAUAUGUGGAUGAAAAAGAUAACGAAAUGAAAGAAAGGGUUGACUGGUACCAUGAAUGGACAUCGAAGACUUUUAAAGUUAAAGCCGAUACAGGAUGGGUUUCAGGAUGUUUAGACCUUAAAGCAGAUAAAACUUAUGUUAACGAUGAGUUAGAGAAGAAAGCAGACAAGAACCAUACACAUACAAGUUUUACAACUGUUGCUAUAGAAAGUAUUGAAGGAACGGUUGAAGAAACUGGUGGGGAUGCAUUAUAUUGUAAACCUCCUAACUUUCCACAAGGUUUAACAUCGGAUGACGACAUAACGACGAUGUUAAACAUUAGAUGUAAAGAUGUUUAUGUCAUGAAGGAUGAACAUAAUAUUAAAUUCACUGCUCAAGAUUUAUAUGACAAGAAAGCAGACAAAACAGAGCUUCAAACAUUAAAGACAGAAAUACUUCAAACAUUAUAUCCUAUAGGCUCUAUUUAUACGUCAAUGAACUCUACCAGACCAGAAGUAGUACUUGGUCUCGGAACUUGGACUCAAAUAGUCGACAGGUUUUUGUAUUGUGCAAACUCUUCAAAGGAAACAGGUGGAAGUAAAACGAUUUCAGGUGCAAAUUUACCUGCGCACAGUCACUACAUAAAUUUAAGUACAUCUGAAGCAGGUUUGCAUAGUCAUAGAUUUUGGGAUUGGUCAGGAAUGACAAAAGGUAAAGGAUAUGAUGUUAAAGAGGACGUUAAGUUUGCUAUAAAUUGUUACUGGAGUAACACUGAGGUAGGAGGAAGCCAUACACAUCGCGUUUCAGGGUAUACGCAAACAACGGGACAAAGUAAAGACUACAUGCCACCUUACAUGACAGUUUACGCAUGGUAUAGAAAUGCUUAG